UUUAGGAGAGCGUGAGCUGGGGGGACUCUAGAUUUCGUGACUCUCGUCGCCAUCUUCCCUCCGUGAACAGCAACUCUCAUAGCAAGUCUAUUUAGGGUUUAUAUGCUCUCGGGUUCUCUUCUUCUCCUUCUCCUCCUCUCCUUUUUCUCCAUGAAGAAGGUUUUUUAAGGAUACAAGAAAAGAAUUUUUUUUGGGGGGGUCAUUUGCUCUCCUUAAUUCUCCUCCCUCUUUUCGAUCUCACCGGAGAAUUCUGGAGGAGGAAAUCUAGCUUUCUUGUUCGGAUUCCACUCCUCCAGGUCCGAGUCACGGUUUCUCGAUCGACGAAUUCUUGAGAGACGGAAGGAGGAAGCAGAGAGAGGGAAAAAGAGAUGACGGCGGAAGAGGGGGCGGUGGUGGUGGCGAUCGAGUGCGUGGCGGGGAGCAGGAAGGCGGAGGAGUGGGGUGGAGGCGCGGAGCCGCUGCUGCAGACGGGGGACGUGGUGGAGGAGAUCAAGAUCGGGAACUCCCCCGCCGUCGGAUCGCCGUUCAAGGGCGGGCGGGCCGGCGUCCAGAAGCUCCUCCACGCCGCGUUCAAACGCGGCGACACGUCUAUCCACGUCCGGGCCCGCCGGGGCCGCGGCAACGACGCCGCCGAGCUCCAGGCCUGCAUCGUUCCCCACCCCGCCGCCGGCCGCCGCCAAUACGUCCUGCGUUCUCUCCACGACCCCAACUACGCCGUCGGCUUCGUCGAUCGCUCCGAAGGCGAGUGCCUCGAGAUACAAGGCUCGAGGAGCUCGAGGGUGGUGUGCGCACUGGACAAAGCGCAGCUCCAAGACGGUUAUGUGUCGUAUCCUUGGGAGAAGACGAUGAGGGAAUCAGUGCCCACGUCAAAUUCGAGCUGCUUCCUGUCGCUGCUUGUACUUCCAAAGGCAUCGGAUCCUUCAGCCACUCGCUACAACUCUCUCGAGGACACCUUAGCCCGGGCCAAUGCUUGGCUAAACACCUCCCAGGCCUCUGGAGUUCCCAUUGUGUUCACGAAUAUACAGACCGAAGCCCUCCUCACCAAGAUCUCUGGAGAGACAGCCUCCUCUACUGUAAACAUGGGAUCGCUGGCCGACCUUUCAGACUUGGCAAACGUGAGCUUGUAUGGGUUUGAGGAUUACCAUGGUGUGGACAUUGGGGUGGUUAGGGCAGUUCGGCUCUGGUACACACCGGCCGCAGGAGAAAUGGCACUGGAGGUCAAACUGCAGGAAGGCGACACCAGGCUGGGCUUUGCAAUUAGUCGCACCGAAGAGGGUUUUAUCUACAUAUCAUCAGUAACGGACGACGACAGCAUAGGGGUGGCUGCAACUCGAUCAGGGCUCAGGGAGCUGUAUAAAGAAGCAGCAAGAGCAUCGAAGUUGUUGGUGAUCUCAAGGGUUGGGAACGAGAAGGUCCUUCCUUGGAUGGUUUCCACCUCGGGAGCGAUCCGAUGCUUCGACACGGUCUCUCUCAGCCAAAAGCUCUCGCUGCACCGCCAUGCAUUGAGGCCCAUCUUACUUCAUGUGCUCUUGUGGGAGACGUCUCCUUCCAAUCUUAGCGGAGGGGUCGAACGAUCUGAGGCUACGGCACCUCCACCAUCAUUUGUUCCGCCACCUCCAGAAGAUGAAGUGCCAGGGGACUUGGUCUUCGGGGAUGGAUCCGAGGCGGCGCUCGGUAGGGACACGGCAGGGGAUGCGUCCUUCAGAUUUCACAACUUCUCACUUCCAAAUAAUUGGGUAUGAUCUUCUUCAACCAUGCCAGCUUCUGCUAUGUAUCUGUGGGAGUGAUCUGUGAGGAGGUCCUUGCCUCCACGUUAGCACUUAUCACUCUCCCUUGGUGCUUAGAAUCCUAGGUGUGAUUAUGAAUGCCGACUGGUUCCUGCUGUAGUUGAAAGCUAGAACCAGCCUGAAAGAGGUUUCUUGAGUUCUGAGAGAAUAAAAUUACUCUUGCAUGGUUAUGCCCUUGUGAUAUUGGAAACCGUGGAAUGCCUAAUCCCUGAAAAAUUCGGUAUGGUA